AUGGCCGACAGCAAUUCCAUUGUUGCGAUUGUUGCUCUCGUCGUCUCGGUAGUCGCUCUCUUUGCAGCGACUCUACAGAUCAUGCAAGCGAUCUUUGCGUCGGCUAAAGGACUUCCCAAUUGCACCGAAGACGUGAUGGGAGGAUGGGCGAAAGGCACGACAAAACGGCCAAAGUUCAAGGAGCUACGUCUCGAGGUUAGGUUCGAGGCGCCCAUCAUCUUUCUGGCUCCUCCGAACAACCAGAAUAAACCUGAAAAAGGAGAGAUGUGGUCCGUAGAGGGCACUGAGAAAAGUUGUACCAAGAACCGACUCGAAUAUGCCAAGAUAUUCCCAAAGCCUGGACCAGCCAGCGGAACCAACGACGAAAAGCCGUCUAAGCCUACUGAAAAGGUCCACACUGUCAACAAUGAGCUAGCAACGUGGGUCUAUCUCCUGAUCGCCCUUGAAAGAAUGGAAAAGGAUUCCAAAAAAUGGGAGUGCAAGAAGCUCCAAGGAGAAUGGUUGCCAAGUUCCAUCAUUCCGGACCUGCCUGAGCCGACUUUGGCCGUGAAAGUACAAGCGAAGGAAAGAAGUUUCGAUGCGAACCCCUCCAUCAAGAAGCCCUAUGCAACCUCUACGAUCUCUCAUCUGGUUGAGCUGGCAGCGAUACUUGGACUCUAUUGGAGAGUCUUCGACCGAGACAACAACCAGUACCGCGCGGAAGGAAACGGUUAUAGUCUGACUGGCUCACGUGUACCUGACUUGGGCGUCGUCUUUGUUUUCGAGAAAACCGGUCCCACUGUGUUUGAGGAGCGACGAGUUAUCCCGACAUCAGAAGUGAAGGAGCUCUGUUUUGGGCGAGUGCCAACUUUUUAUCGAGAUAAGAAGGAUCCCGACGAAGAUUUGGAGUGGCAGAGGGAGUUCAAGACGUCGUCAGGGACUGGAACCAAGGUCGAAAUCCUUCAACUGAGCACUCGCGAUGCCAUUGCGGAGACUUUGACUCAGAUAGGAUGCAACGGCAAAACCACACUUUUCUACAGGGAAGGAAAGAAAGACCGGCACCUCUUUUCUGUUACAUUCGAAGUCAUCGGCAUGCUCGCGCGAGUUUUGCACAUUGAAGGAAGAUGUUUCCGUUUCCUGCCUAAUCCAACAAUCUUUUCUUGGGACAGAGAUUCGUUGUCGCUCCAGCGCCUGCUUAUCGCCUUUAGCGGACUGUUAAUGAACGAUCUCGCAGUUGUCGAAGAAGAGGCGGAGACCGUCAUCGAUGAGAGGGUUGAAACUGCCGUCGAGGAUAUUAGAGCUCUGUCAGAAUCAGCGGAGGAGAUGAGCAACGACUUUGACGAGAACCCGCCUUUAACAAGCAAAAGAAUGAGUCUUUUGCACAAGGCUAUUGAUUUGGCAGACAAAUCUCUCAAGAAACGAGACCAGGGAAUUGUGCUUGACGUGCUACGUCGUCACCUCCAGGAAGUAUUGGCAGCCAUCAACAGUCCGGAUAAAAGGGGAAAAGAACAGAUUUCGUUUCGGGACCUGCUUGGUAUCCCCCUUGAGAUGAGAGAACAAAGGUUCAUGGAGACAUACUUCGAGCGCAUACUUUGGCGUGUGGUGCCUACCAACUCUACCAAGAGGGGUAAGCGAGACGACGAGGUCGUCUCGAGAGCCAUACACGACGACACAGAGAAACGAAGAUCCCGCUUGGGCAACGGCUCACCUCACGCCGGCAGCGCAAUCGCUCCGUCGCCGUUGAGACUUAACCCCGAAGAAUCUUCAACCAAGGCUCUAGACGACUCGACUCCCACGCCCGGCAUCAGCAGGGUCAAGACGUGGCCUCAUCGGAUCGAGACUGAGCAACCGAGUGAUCAGCCGGAACUUCCGCAGCCAAGCAAGUUACCAGAGCUGCCACAGUGGGAAACGAUAGUACCCAACCACAUCGAAAUGCAGCGUUUGGCAAUCUGGUAUACACUCGUAUUUAGGAUGAUUUGUUGGUUGAUGUUGCACGAUUUCGACAAGAAGGAUGUGCAAGUGUCGAAAAGUGAGUUGAUUGGGAACAGACAGCCCGUGUUCAUUCUUUGA